AUGUACAAUGGGCAGCACAACGUGUAUCGAACUACCUCUGCGGCCCCCGUGGCUCCCUACGCCUUCACUGCAACCCCGCGGACGGCUUCCGCGCCUACCUUCGUUCAAGGGGCACAGAAACCUCACGGUCACGCACCCUCAGCGUCCACGUCGUCGUCUUCAGAGACGUCGUCUCAGCCAUCGACGAAGGGUGAUUCGUUUAUGACAUCGCAGCCGCCGUCGCUACUUAACGUAGCGUUGCCGUCACCUGACCUGGCAAUGCCAUCGUUUGAGCAGCCUGUCAAAGCGUCACCUGACCGUUAUAGACGGCCUGCUCAGCGGCGUGUGGACAGCAAUGGGUCCGCCAAGGUACCGAUGGGCUCGGCAGCGCCGUCCGGAAACGGACUCGGUAGUGUCAGCCACCUUUACCAGGUUCAGCAGCCAAUCCGGCGGCAGGAAAGUGUUGACGACAUGGCUAUGCCGAAGUCAAAGGAGUCUGAACUGGCUAAGCGUUAUAGGAGACGCAGCUUGAACAGCCUGGAGACGCAGACGUUGAUGACACCGCAAGCUAGUGCUGGCGCUCGGAGACCGAGUUCCGGACACGGACCGGGUGCCACAUCUACUCCGACCACCAUGAGACCGGUCUCCUUCCACUCGCAAGCGUCCAGUGAGGAAGCCAUCUCCCGCAACCCGUCUCAGACUUCGCUUGCAAGAGCAGAGUCCAUUCAGCGAGAGAGUGUAAGGCUCGUGGAGAAUGUCAAGCCUACACCGCAGCCCAAUGUCAGCGUUCCGCCAAGAGGCUCGUCUGAGCCUAACAAACGCAUCGCUGGUCCAUCGCCGUUGUCAAAGCAAGCUGUAGACCCAGAGCAAACAUCUCCGGUUAAACCUAAGACCUACGCUGCUGCUGCCCAGGCCGGCGUCCAGACGCCGCUGGCGGCUCCGAGCGCAGCAGCUGCACAACUCGCAGCUGUGUCCGACAAGGACCUUAACAAGGGCAUGAAGUCACGGCUACGUCGCGCCUUCUCUUUUGGCGGAUCUCAUGAACUUAGGCGGGCUGCGGGAGAGAACAACCAAGCCGCACAAGCUGCACAGGCAGCGCAGCAAGCUCGGGCACAGCAUCAGCAACGGGUGGACAGUGAGUUGGAGCUUGAUGCCGAGCAGCAAGAGAUUGCGAGGAGACAGGAAGCAGCUGGAAUCGGUGCAGGCAUCUAUUCAGGACAGGGCGGCUUCACUGGCUCCACGGACAAUCUAUCCAUCUCUUCCACCGCAUCGUCCGCGUCGAUGAUGCUGCGGAAAAUGGGCCAGGGUGCGAGGAAGGGUGCUAGAAGCAUCAAGGGCUUGUUCAGACCCAAGUCUGUGAUCGGCGUGCCGGCUGCGGAUGGUCCUGUCGUCCAAGUCGGAUCCGGGGCUCCCGUCCAACCUAGCGUGGCUCAGGUGUCGAUGGUAACAGUCGAGGCUGAACGACAGAAGGUUAAUGUUAAUGCGGACCCUGCAGAGAAGGCUGGAGGUGCUACUGGCUUCCCAAGACUGGAGCGCAACUCCAUUGACGCCGCAAGCGCUGCGGCAACGGCCACGGCAACAGGCGGCGCUCCAGCAGAAGCUAGAGGGUCCGCGGAUGGCUCGGACUCGCUCUCUCGACGUAGCAUCGUCGGCAGCGAGAAGGAUCGAGCUGAUGUCCUUGCAGCAGUCCGUAAAGGUAUCCUCAAACGAUCUGGCACUGGAUCGCCGAACGGCUCGCCAACCAUCAACCCUAUUGACGCUGCUCCAGCUUCGGUUCCACAGAUCGUGGAAAGCCCGGCCGUGAGCAUGCCUGAUACGCCGAAGGACCAGCUACAAGGCCGUAGCGCUUCGCUGAAUGGCGAUUACUUCACCCCGCGACUGGUGACGCUGACGAAGAGCAUGCCCAAUACGCCUAACGGCUCGAUCAGGGGCAUCACCUUCAGCCCGCGGAUACAGUUCCACGAUGUUUGGUCGAGCACCGAGUAUGAUCGUCGCGGUGAGGUUGCCACGUGUAACCGCCUGACGCCGAUGCUGGCACAGCAGAUCAAAGAGGAGCUCAAUACCUUCAAAAUGGAGAUGGAAGUCCACGAGCUCAGCAAGCCGCACACGCAUUUCUUCUAA